UUUUUUUUUUUUUUCAUCACUCAUAAUAUCAACUACCUUAUGGAACAAACAUUCGAGUCAGAAUGUCAACGAUAUUUCCAUGAUGGACUCAAAGCUGCUUUUUUGACUGAUAAAGAUGGUGUCAUCAUUUUGAAAAGUCUAUCAGAUGACGCGCCUCCCAAAGCAACAGAUCCACUUAUCUCUACCAAUUUUGCUGUUGCGAACAAUCAAGCAUCAAAAUUGGGAUUGAAACACAAUGAAAUUAUAGUUAGUAUGUACGGGCUUUAUCAAAUUGUGCAACUGGAUCAAAAUCCCUUGAUUAUCACCAUCAUCAGUGACGCAAGUGCAAAUACAGGUAUAUUCAUGCAUUUAGCACGUCAAUUAAAAAAGGUGACUGAUCCAUUAGUCCAUCUUAUGCAAACUGGAGGUCAUCUUACUGCUACCCAUCAAGAAUAAAAUUCUUUGUGUAUCUCCAGUAUUACUUUAUUAUUAUUAUUAUUAUUAUUAUUAUUAUUGAUAGGAUGAUGAUUAUUAGUCUUAUUAGAAUAGUGAUACUUUAUCUAUUCCAAAUCUAGUGUUUUUUUACUGAUUGUUUUGUAUAUAUAUAUAUAAAGUCUUUUAUUCUCAUUUCUAAUAAAUUUUGUCUUCAUGUUAUUUUACUCUUCCGAAUAAAAAAAAAAACUCAGUAAAAGGGUUGCUGAGGGAAAUCUCGUGAUCUUUCUAUAAUCACAUUCAUCAUGAUUAUUCAUUAUUCAAUCUAUUUCAUGGACCGAUGGCUGCUUAUAAAAAAA